ACCAGACGUCAGUCACGAUGGGCGCGUAGGCAAACGGUUGUUUCGCUACCGGAACGGAAAGAGUGAUAUGUCAGGAAGCAUUCUGUGGGAGGAAACCAAAAAAAGAACAGGAAAAGGAAAAGGAGAAACAGUGAACCAGGGUGCAAAGGACGUGAAGGCCGUUUUGGGAGGCGUUUUCCUAGGCCACGUUCACAGGUGACUGCUGAUUGCGACUGCUUUAAUGGUACAUAUCGGUGCAGUGGCAAAGCAGGCCAUCAUGUCGCUUCGUUGCCAUCGUUUGAAAGGCAAGCAAUAUUUAUUACCACGCAUCAGCAGCAGUUAAAUAAAGCUACAACAACAACUACAGGGCAGGAAAAAAGCUGCUCCAAAAGCGAAGCUGUUUAUUUGAGUGGCCGGUUUGGUGUUUGGUGCGGAACGCGGAAGCAAAGCAAGCAAUCGUGAAAUCGCCACAUUUAAAUACAACCUGUCCCCGGUGCUGUGCAUUGUGUUGUAGUUUCACCCUAUUGUGUUGUGGAGGGUGUGCCGUGAUUGCAGCGAUUUACUUUCCACUAACGGCAUGCAGCCGUAGUCUGCAGGAAGAAAAGAAGAAGAAGAAGCAAAACAGCGACAACGAUCGUUGUUCCGUGUCCUGUUGAUAUCCGGAAAGAGCGAAAGUACAUACAAAACAAGCAAAAAGUCUGCAAGUGUGUGUGUGUGUGUGUUUCUCAACUGAUGAGUGUGUGUCCCUGUGCGCGUGUGUGUAUGUGUGUGUCUUGUUCUCUCUCUUUGUGUACAUGAGUGUAUGUGCCGGUUGGCGCACGAGCCCACACUGUCCCGGAAGUCGAAAGCAUAACGGGCGAUAAUUAUGGAAUUAAUCACUGGCACGAGCGCCAACAGCAGUUCCCGCAGCUGGCGGUCUAGUAAUGCUGCGUCGCCGGCAGGAGUAGUGCGAAGAUCGAAACCAACCAUUAUGCUCCCAUUAGCGGCCGCGCUGCUGCUGGUCGCCCUCGGCCAUAUGCAAACGCCGGUGAGCGCGAACGCCCAGCCGCCGACUGAAAAGAUCCCGCUAGGUGCAAUCUUCGAGCAGGGUACCGAUGAGAUACAGUCUGCGUUUAAGUUCGCGAUGCUCAACCACAACCUCAACGUGACGGCCCGGCGAUUCGAGCUGCAGGCGUACGUUGACGUCAUCAACACGGCCGAUGCAUUCAAGCUCUCCAAGCUGAUUUGCAAUCAAUUUUCGCGCGGCGUGUUCGCAAUGCUCGGAGCCGUCUCGCCGGAUUCCUUCGACACGCUGCACUCGUACAGCAACACCUUCCAGAUGCCGUUCGUGACGCCCUGGUUCCCGGAGAAGGUCCUCACGCCCUCGUCCGGCUUUCUCGACUUUGCCAUCAGCAUGCGGCCCGACUACUACCAGGCCAUCAUCGAUACGGUGCGCUACUAUGGCUGGGAUCGGAUCAUCUACAUGUACGACUCGCAUGACGGCCUGCUGCGGCUGCAACAAAUCUACCAGGGACUGCGGCCGGGGAACGAAACCUUCCACGUCGAGACGGUCAAGCGGAUAGCGAACGUAAGCGAUGCGAUUGAGUUUCUGCGCACCAUCGAGGAGCUGAACCGGUGGUCCCGGAAGCACAUCGUCCUCGACUGUAGCACCGAGCUGGCCAAGGACAUCGUGGUCAGUCACGUCCGGGACAUCACGCUCGGCAAACGCACCUACCACUAUCUGCUGAGUGGGUUGGUGAUGGAUGAUCGCUGGGAGAGUGAAGUUAUCGAGUACGGUGCAAUCAAUAUCACCGGCUUCCGGAUCGUCGAUACGAGCAAAAAGUACGUCAAGGAGUUUCUUGAUGGAUGGAAGCGAUUAGAUCCGACCACAUCGCAGGGCGCCGGCAAGGAACUGAUCUCGGCCCAGGCCGCCCUCAUGUACGAUGCCGUGUUCGUGCUGGUGGAAGCGUUCUCCAAGAUUAUGCGCAAAAAGCCGGACCAGUUCCGGGCGUACACGAUGCGCAAUCGGGGCCAGCCGUUUAAUCUGCCCGCCAACGGGACACGAACGCUCGACUGCAACACCUCCAAGGGUUGGGUCACCCCGUGGGAGCAUGGUGAUAAAAUUUCACGCUAUCUGCGCAAGGUGGAAAUAUCGGGCCUUACCGGUGAUAUUAGGUUCAACGAGGACGGCAAACGCCAAAACUACACCCUGCACGUGGUCGAGAUGACGGUCAACAGUGCGAUGGUGAAGGUGGCCGAGUGGUCGGACGAGGGCGGACUGGCGCCGGUCGUUGCCAAGUACACCCGCCUCAAGACGGACAUGCAUUACGAGCGGAACAAGACCUACAUCGUGACGACCAUCAUCGAGGAGCCGUACAUCAUGCUGCGGCAGCCGGAACCGGGCGAAACGCUCGAGACGAACGAGCGCUUCGAGGGCUACUGCAAGGAUCUGGCCGAGCUGGUGGCGAAAAAACUCGGCAUCAACUACGAGCUGCGCAUCGUGAAGGAUGGUCAGUACGGUUCGGAAAACCCGGACGUGAAGGGCGGCUGGGACGGCAUGGUCGGCGAGCUGGUGCGCAAGGAGGCCGACUUUGCCAUCGCCCCGAUGACCAUCACGUCCGAGCGGGAGCGCGUCAUCGACUUUACCAAACCGUUCAUGUCGCUCGGCAUCUCCAUCAUGAUCAAGCGGCCGGUCAAACAGAAGCCGAGUGUGUUUAGCUUCCUCAAUCCACUGUCCAAAGAGAUCUGGGUCUGCGUGCUGUUCAGCUACGUCGGUGUCAGCAUCGUCCUGUACAUAGUGUCACGCUUUUCACCCUUCGAAUGGCGGCUAGUUAAUUAUAACGGCGAGCAACCGGACGCAGUGCCGCAGGCGACGGUAAAUGAGUUUAGCAUUCUGAACUCGUUCUGGUUCGCCCUCGGCGCCUUCAUGCAGCAGGGCUGCGACAUCUCGCCCCGCUCCAUCUCGGGCCGGAUCGUCGGCUCGGUCUGGUGGUUCUUCACGCUCAUCCUAAUCUCCUCCUACACGGCCAACCUGGCCGCCUUCCUCACGGUCGAGCGCAUGGUCACGCCAAUCAACUCCCCGGAGGAUCUGGCCUCCCAGACCGAGGUCCAGUACGGCACGCUGAUACACGGCUCGACCUGGGACUUCUUCCGGAAAUCACAAAUCUCCCUGUACAGCCGCAUGUGGGAGUACAUGAACUCCCGCAAGCACCUGUUCGUGAAGACGUACGACGAGGGCAUCCGGCGGGUGCGCACCUCGAAGGGCAAGUACGCGCUGCUCAUCGAGUCGCCGAAGAACGAGUACACCAACGAGCGGGAACCGUGCGACACGAUGAAGGUCGGCCGCAACCUGGACGCGAAAGGGUUCGGCAUUGCCACGCCCUUGGGUUCACCGCUAAGAGAUCCAAUCAACCUAGCCGUGCUGUCGCUCAAAGAGAACGGCGAGCUAACGAAGCUGGUCAACAAAUGGUGGUUCGACCGGACGGAGUGUAAACACUACGACAAGCAGGACGCGUCCCGCAACGAGCUAUCGCUCAGCAAUGUGGCCGGCAUCUUCUACAUCCUGAUCGGGGGCCUGCUGGUGGCGCUGGCCGUCGCCCUCGUCGAGUUUUGCAUGAAAAGCUCGAACCGGUCGAGCAAUCGCAUCCCGCUGUCCGACACGAUGACGUCCAACUCGAACUCCAAAAACCGGCUCACCAUGCCCCCGACGGCCCGGGAGUACGACAAUGGACGCAUCGGGUACCCGUUCUAGUACUACACGCCGGCCACGCACACCGACCCGGACCCGAUCCAUGCCAACUCGCACACGCAGGUUUGAUGUAAGGAGCCGCCGGAGCUGCGCCUAUGACGUCCACCGUACGCGCCCACCAUCCGGCAGAUCGUGGCCAACAGCCGGCACGAUGCGUCCACGCUGCUGAAGCGCGAAAACGUCCCCGGCGGUGUGCCUCCGGUGGUGCACGACAACUCCUGCCUAUAAGCAGGACUGCAGUUCCGGGCAGGAGUUUGCACAACCGAUUCCUUCUUAGCCGUUUCGGGCGCUCUGACUGUGGCACCUGUAGCAUGGACAUGCCAGAGUGCGAGUGCCCGGGGCGGGUAAGCACAAUAUCUCUAGUGUGGGGGAAGCGGGAUAUUAUCCCUCCUCGUGGAAAGCUCAAAUAUCAUUGCAGGAGCUUAUGCAAAACUAAAUCACGCCACACAGUGUCAGUAAAAGCAGAUGAGUGAGAGAGAGAGAGCUGUUGGCGUGGUGUGUGUACAUAGAUUAGGAAUGAUAAAUACAUGAAUAUCUCCCUUUGUUAGCGUCCUAUUCGGUUCCGGCUCCAUUCCAAACUCCUCACAAGACUACCCUCUCCCCACAUGAUACGAUGUUAAGUUUUUUCGUUACCGAGAUAAUCAAAUUAAUAGAGAUAAGAGAGACAACACGGACGUAUGGGACAUUAUGUGUAAGUGUGAACAGUGCGAGUCCAACCAGACGCGUCAGAUAGGGCAAGAGGAAUUUGAAAUGGUCCCCCCCCCCCCAUUCCGUCUGCUCUGUAGUUAAAUCGUAAAUCAUAAUUAAGAAUACAAACUAAACGGACUGUGCGGAGGUGAGGUGUAGGUAAUAAUGUAAUAAGUAUUUGCUGCAAACGCGUAAACAGAUCGAAAUGGGCGCUGGUAGGACAAGGUACCUAGAACUGAGCCGCAUUGAAGGGAUGGUAGACUGCAGCACCAGUAACGUAGGUACACUCAAUCGGCUAGAAAACAGUGUCAAUAGUUAAACAAACACACAACAAGAUCAACUACAACCAGAACAGGCAAAAAAAAAACAAUUAUGUAAACAGUCUUAGUUCGUUUCAAGCUAUCUUGGUACAAUACAUGCAGCUCAAAUCAAAUCAUCACUUAAACUAAUGCAAAGAAAUUGAUUGAGGAAAACGAGAAAAACUGAAAUCAAAAAGCGCACUACACGAAAAUAAAAAAAGGGAGAAAAGACACCCAAGGCUACGUCAAAACCGACUGUUUGUGUGCAUGUGCAAUACAAACUACCGUUCUCUUACUAAACUCUCCGUAACUAUUCUAUUCUAAAUAAAACCGUGAAGACUAACCACCACUGACAGUGGGAAAUAGUUAAAAAAAACACACACAAACACAUCCCAUCGAAAUGGGGAUUGAACAGCAUAUGACAAAGUACUAGGAGAUGGUAUGGUUUUUGGUUCUGUUUUUGGGGUACAUUUAUUCAACAAAACGAUAGGCUAAUCCCAUCCGGAGCACGUCCGGCAACUCGCUGAAUGAGCUGAAGUGAGAGUGAGAUCAAAUUGAAAACUUUUGAACAUUUAAGCGUGCAAGUUAGCAGAAACAACAAUUGGACAAAUUUAAACUGGAAAAGAAGAGGAGAAGAAUAGCGUGUAAAGAAUGCUACAAUCUCCUGUUUCCUUAAGCCGCCCCAAAAAAACACAAAACACAAACUCAUUAACACACACACACGAACAUGCAGAGAGUGAUCAAAAAUCUGUAUAGAAAUAAGGCAAGGCUAAGAAAAUAUUGACUAAACGUAAGCUAUUAAAGGAAGCGAGGGAGAGAAACAGAGAGAGAGAGAGAAAGAAGAAUAAAUUAACGAAAUAAAUAAACCACAUCAAGCCAUGUAACUAGUAACUUAUCCUAAACAGAAACAAACCACACUGACAAACACGCGGCAAACCCGAAGAAUCCAAAACACACAAAUGAAGUAAAUGGAAAGGAAAAAGGUACUGUUUAGUGGAAAAUAACUUCAAUGUUAGUGAGUGGAUGCAGUUUGGCGUGUCAAAACUGCAAGGAUCGACUGUAACACUAAACACACAAAACGUACACUUUCACACACCACACACAGUACUACAUACCCAGAAGAGAAAACCAACAGUUAAAAGAAAGAGAAAGAAAGAGAGAAAGGGAAAACUAGCAAAGCAAAAGGAAGAAUCAAAACAAAACAAACAAAAACCAAACUGUUCAAUAACUAUGCUAGUCGGUAAGCUGAUUGAUUCGUUGUAUACAGGAAAGGUGAUUAAUUUAUUGCCAAUUUUUUUAUUCUUUUCGAGGAAAUCAAAAGUGCCAUAAAGGCACACGGAUGAAAAACAAACCAAUUGUGUUAAGUGUACGCUUAUCAUUUUGCCAACUUUAUGUGACUGUUGCGUUAGUUAACAGGAAGAAAUGGGAAGAAUGGUUUGAAAACAAAGAACAAAUAUUAGACAGAAAACAGAACCCUGAACAGUCCCCACCAGGUGUUGAUUGUGAUGUGUGGGGGAAAAGCGAGAAGGUGGAAACGGCAAUGGGUGACGAAAUCAUGCCAAGAAAAUUACGAAAAUUUGUUGAGAUCGUUUGAAAAUAAAAUCGAAUUCCAUAAGAAAACUUUA